CAUCAUCAAACCGAGACAAAAGGACCUCCCUCAGGGGGCGUGUCAGUGCCUGUUGCUGUUCUGUAUACAUCCCGGAUAGAGCUGAGACUCGUCGAGGAACAGGCUGGGAAUUGUCCCCUGCUGCUCCCUGUAACUCCCUGCAACUCCCUUCUCCUGUGUCCCUGACAUUCCCAUCCCCUGUACUCACAUCUCCAGCCUCAUCUACUGGUGAAAGUCGAUCACGGAGCCUCCUGAACUGAACAGUCAGAGGAGCAUCGCCCAUUACUAACAUGGAGCCAUUCUUGUCCCAAACGAGACCAAGUUUGCGGGUGAAGUCGGAGAGUGAAGAGUGGGACCCUGGGAAUCAUGUGACCUCUGUGAAGAGUGAAAUGGAUUUCAUGCCGUCUAACGGUUUCCCAGGGAAUGAAGCAGAAAAGUUACAGAUAAAGUUAGAGAAAGAAGAACUAGAACCUACAGAAAUCUCCGCAGUUCUACUUACGGAUAGGGGUUUCCCAGACACUGAAGCACAAAUAAAGAUGGAGAAUGAGGAUCCACAAUAUACUGAUGGGGAUCUCAUGGUGACUGAGUCAGAAAUUACACAGGUUGUUAUAAAGGAGGAAGAACUGGACCCUAGUUAUUACCAGAACCCAAUUGAUACUUCAGCAUUUUCACUCCAUGAUGAUGGAAAUAUAUCGGUGGGGGCAGCAAGUGACAUUGAUGGGAGACCUUCAUCUGACUCUGAUGAUAAGCUGAUGGAUUUACUUGAGCGCCUAAGGAAAAGGCCAGCGGUCGCUGCUGCUUCUGAUUGCUUCCCCUUUAAUCCUGUAAGACAAACAAUGAGCGGGACGGAGAGCCCAGCUAGUCAGUUCAGUGAUGAUGAUGAGGAGGAGAUGGAGGAAGGGGAGGAUGAGGAGGAGGAAGAGGAUGAGGAAGAGAAUACAGACAGCAGUAUAGAUGGUGACGCAGAAGAAGCGAGUGAAAGGAGUGAGAAUGUGGAUUGGUGCAAGUGUGGAAACUGUGUUCCCAUCGACACCCAGACGGAGAACUUGUGUUGCGCGUCGGUGGAGAAGAUCCGAGAUCUCAUUCCCUGUGGGACUCGCUGCAUUACCGCCCACUCCACAUUCCUCCGACAGGUUGUGGACUAUGAUAGGAUAGACACAGGAUUCAAGAUCAUCAACCACAAGAUGAAGAGGCUCCCCAAGCACAGAGCUUAUAUGAGAUGUUUGCGGAAAACCGCUUUUCGUUCGUUUCUGGUGUGGAUGUAUGGAUACCUGGGAACGGAAGAAAACAAACCUAUACCGGCUUGUGCCAUCAGGAGAAUCCGAAAGACCUUUCCCGACCCCAACCGUAAAUACACAGGAUUCCCGGGGGCUCAGGACUACCUUGCUGAAAAGAUGGCUCUGGAUUAGUGGUCAGUGGUUUUCCCUGUUACACACGUUCUAUAAUGUCACGGAUUCAUUGAACUGUUGGUUUUAAUUACAUAUAAGAUUUACUUCUGUUUUGUCCAAUAAAUGCUCUGUUCUAUCA